UUGUAACCUGCCCUCUUAAUACAUCCCAACUGUUACACCACUUUGACUUCUGGAAGUGUUCGGAGGUAUUUUUAUCAAUGUCAUUUAAUUCUAAUGAUUAGAAUUACAAGAUUUUUGAGGUUCGCCUCAAAUACUUAUUCUAAUAAGGAUUUAGUGUUCUCACUGUUAUCAUCGCACGAAGCAUUGUACAAUAAGGUUCCAGUCAAAUCUCUUACAGUCCCAGGCUAUGAUGGCUAUUUUACCGUUACCCCUGGUCAUUCUCCAAUGCUUUCAACACUAAAACCAGGUGUUGUUUCAUUUUCGUUGAAGGAUUCCAAUGAAGUUCAUAAAUUUUUUAUUUCGAGUGGCUUUUUUGUAUACAGACAAUCAGAAGAAUCACACACAGCUGAGGUCAUGGGCGUAGAAGUGGUUCCCCUAGACCAAUUGGAUAAGGAACGGGCUACUUCAGUUUUACAGGAAGUUUUAACAGAGACUCAGGGCGACUCUAGUCAGUGGGCUAAGGUCAAAACGUUCCUAACGCAAGAUUUAUGCUCAUCGGUAAUUAAAGCGUUACAGUAAAUUAAACCGUUAUUAAUUUAAAUCACCAUCCUGGCCUCAGUAUUGUUGAAAUGGUAUCGCAAUUUCCCUAAAAUUUUAUUAUUUA